AUGGCGAGCACCAGCGACAACGAGUCAGAGAUUCUGAACCACUACAUGGAAGUAAUUCGGAAGGGCAUCUUGGAGAUCAUAGCCCGUAAAGACAAGGAGAUCGAUGCCAAGCUCAGUGCCAAGGCUCCGGUCGAGAUCUUGAUGGAGGCCAUCGACAUCGGCGAGGUCCCCAAGGAGAACCGUACCGUCGAGGCCUUCCGCUUCGAUCGCUGCUACCUGCGCAAGGACAGAGCCGCCCUCAUGAAUCUCUACCACUGCCUCGCGGGCAUCCUUAAGAUCACCCCCUCCGACAUUCAGACCUGGAUCGCCAACGGCGAGGAGGUCGUCCAGGACCGCGUCCAGACCGUGUUCCGCGUUGCUCUCGGCGACAAGUACCCCAUCACGCCCGCCGAGCACCUCAAGGACGCCAUCGAAGCCGACAAGAUCCCCACCGACCCGCAGACCGUCGCCGACUUCUGCUUCGACCAGUGCGAGAGCGACGAGGUUGCCUCCGAGCUCCUUGACUUCUACCGCUGCUUGACCACCCUCCUCAAGGCUCCCCUGCACGUCGUGCAGAAGCUCAUCGCCGUCAAGCAGUUCGUCCCCUUUGCCCAGGCCAAGUUCAUCCACGCCGUCCAGUGGACUGCCGCCUGCGGCUGCCCCGACGAGGAGCAGGCCGACUGGAUCACGGACAACUUCGACUGGCUCAUCCGCCACCACAAGGACAUCUUCAAGCACGUCAACCAGGCGUUCGACUUCCAGUACGCCGGCAUCCACGAAGAAGGCGGCGUCAACAUCGACACGACGCGGGAGGUGCCGGAGACUGCCGGCUGCUACGUUCUCAAUAAAGAGACAGGCAGCGGCUUUGUCACCCAUUUCCCUGGUACCAGAGACCUCAACUCUGAGCCCAGCUCUAGGCAGUCUGUCCCUGCGGCUGCCUCUAUUGACGAGGCUGUCAUCACGAAGCUUUCCUCCAACCUCGACGAUGACGAUAUCGGAAAGCUCCUGGCCGCGUACGACUGGUUCCGUGACCACCGCUACAUCUUCGGCCCGCUCAACACCACGAGGGACAAGGAGGCCGUCAUGAAGGGCCUCGAGGAGGUGCCGCCUGACUCCCGUCUCGGCCGCUCGAGAACCUUGAACAGAGACACCCGAGCCAAGAUGAUGGACGACAUCAACGAGCACGCCGCCGACGGCGUCCACCUGGCCUACCUGCGCAUCUCGCCCCACGUCGAUCAGGGGGCCUUGCUGAUCUAUCCUGGCAGGAACCGGAACAACGGCGACGACCCGGAGCGCGUCAAGGUGGUUCGGCAGGACGCGGAUGAAACUGAGACGGUCGUCUUGGUCACGGAUUCCUACGACGAGGCUAUCGCGCUGGCCAGGCAGGCCAGGGCCGACUUCGUCCAGAAGACGCGGGAGGCCCGGCGCGCCGCCGCUGCUGCUUCCUCUACUGAGGAGACUGCGUCUGCUUUGUCGUCCAUGACUCUCGAGGAGACUGCGAAGAAGGGAGAGGUGGCUUCCAUUGCUGAUUCGACUGCCGUGGAUGCGAACAACGAUGGCAAGUAG